AUGAAAGAAAUCAAGAAACUGGGAAGACGCAUUGAGGAGGCCGAUCGAAGAUAUGAAGCCCUCUUCAAUUACUCUCCAACAAAUGAACGUCAUCAAGGAGUGGUGGAUGGAACGAAGGCGGAGGCUUCAUGCUCUGCCACAUUCACAGCAAAGGCUGUAGAAGCGCCUCUCGUGUUUGGUUUGAAGGCAGCGUCGAGAGCGCAACGCCAAAUCGGAAAGGCCAUGAAAGCUGGCCAAGCCACCAGAGCGGCCUUCACAGCUGCCAAUGCCACACGCCGAACGCUUAAGAUGGCGACCAAGUCGCUAAUAUUCGUAGAUGUCAUCUUUACUGCUUGGGAGUUCGCAUCCUUAAUCAAGGAUUGGAAGACACGUGACCCAACGGAAGGUGACAUCGAUGUAUUGAUUGAACAACUCCAGCACGCCCGUGAGUCCGAGGGCAACGCCAACCCUCCUCGCGGCCAUCCCUUUCCCUACUCCAACUCUCCCAAAGCUCUUGCCCUCUGA